AUGGCCUUCUCUGCAACCAUAUCAAGUUUUCGCACUUCAAACCUUCUCAAGAUCCAUAUCAAUGGCUACAAAAACUUGACUAGAGUCCCAUUAGGCCACCCCAAACCUGUUCUAGGGAAAAUUAGAGCCAUCCAUGCUGUAAACUCAUCUUUGUUCCAACCAUUCCUCACGGAAGAAUUACUCAACGAGGAAAUGAACAACCCUUUACCCAUAUUUCAAUUCGAAGAAUACAUGGCCAUAAAGACAAAAACUGUGAACAAAGCACUAGAAGAGGCAGUGCCUUUGCAACAUCCAUUGAAAAUCCAUGAGGCAAUGAGAUACUCACUUCUUGCCGGUGGAAAGCGUGUACGACCAAUUUUAUGCAUUGCUUCAUGUGAAUUAGUAGGAGGGGAUGAGUCUUUAACCCUUCCAAUUUCUUGUGCCGUAGAGAUGAUCCACACAAUGUCACUAAUUCAUGACGAUCUCCCUUGCAUGGACAACGAUGAUCUUAGACGUGGAAAGCCCACAAACCACAAGGCUUUUGGUGAAGAAACCGCUGUUCUAGCGGGGGAUGCUCUCCUCUCCCUUGCCUUCCAACACAUAGCAGCCAAGACGGCAAAAGUUUCUUCCGACCGUGUCAUCCAAGCCAUUGCUGAGCUUGGUUCAGCAGUUGGGUCUGAAGGGCUUGUGGCAGGUCAAGUUGUGGACCUUUGUUGCGAGGGAAAAGAAGUGAGUUUGAGUGAAUUAGAGUACAUUCAUGUCCAUAAAACAGCAAAGCUCCUAGAGGCUUCAGCUGUUUGUGGAGUUAUUGUGGGAGGUGGGAAUGUGAUUGAGAUAGAGAGGGCGAGGAAUUAUGCUAGGUGUAUAGGGUUGUUGUUUCAAGUAGUGGAUGAUAUUUUGGAUGUGACUAAGUCAUCCGAGGAGUUGGGAAAGACGGCCGGGAAGGAUUUGGCAAGUGAUAAGGCCACAUAUCCUAAGCUUAUGGGCAUUGACAAGGCUAAGAAGUUUGCCAGGAAGCUGGCAAAUCAAGCAGUGCAAGAGCUUGCCUAUUUUGAUCCAAUAAGAGCUGCCCCAUUAUAUUAUUUAGCUGAAUACAUUGCCAAUCGACAGAGUUAG